CGAGCUCAAGCACCAGAAGCAUCAUCCGAUCGAAAGCAGAGCGGAGAUCGACAGAGGCGGAUCGAAGUCGAUGGAGUGGCCGAUCAAGGAUGGGGAGAUGGCUGGGAUCUCGCACAGGAUGGUUCCGGUGAAUGGCAUCAACCUGCAUGUCGCCGAGAAGGGCGACGGCCCUGACGUGGUCCUCCUCCUCCAUGGCUUCCCGGAGCUCUGCUACUCCUGGCGCCACCAGAUCGCUGCUCUCUCCGCCCUCGGAUACCACGCCGUUGCCCCAGACCUCCGUGGCUUCGGAGACUCGGAUGUCCCCGCCGAUCCAUCCGCCUACACUAUGUUCCAUGUCGUCGGCGACCUCGUCGCCCUCAUCGAAUCCCUAGGUCAAGACAAGGUCUUCGUGGUGGGGCACGAUUGGGGCGCGAUGGUGGCGUGGUGUCUGUGCAUGUUCCGGCCCGAUAAGGUGAGGGCUCUGGUGAACAUGAGUGUUGCUUUCCGCCCGAGGAUUCCUGGCCUGAAGCCGGUGGAGGCGCUUCGCGCGGCGUUCGGUGAUGACUACUAUAUUUGUGCAUUCCAGGAACCUGGACGAACUGAAGCCGAGUUUGCCCGCCUUAGCACUUCUUUGGUGAUUAAGAAGUUCUUGACCUACCAUGAUCCUGGUCCAGCUAUUGUGCCAAAGGAGAACGGAUUUGGAACUGCACCAGAACAGGAUGUUGCUCUUCCUUCUUGGCUUUCAGAGGAAGAUAUCAACUACUACGCCAGCAAAUUUGAGAAGUCAGGCUUUACUGGGGGACUUAACUACUACAGAGCUUUAGAUCUGAACUGGGAGCUUACUGCACCCUGGACUGGAGUGCAGAUAAAAGUUCCAGUUAAGUUUAUCGUUGGGGAUCAAGACCUAGCGUUCCAUUUCCCUGGUGUCCAGGACUACAUCCAUAAUGGUGGCUUCAAAAGAGAUGUUCCUCUCUUGGAGGCCUUGGUCGUAAUGGAAGGAGUAGGCCACUUCAUCAACCAGGAGAAGCCACAGGAGAUUAGCAACCUGAUCAUCGAGUUCUUCAAAAAAUUCUGAUCUGCUUCUCUUCAGAACAACUAGUAAGUUCUCUGUCGUAUCACUCGAGUUUCAUUCGAAAAAAGGAAUGUGAACCAUAAGCUAAUGUUUAUGAUUUCUUCAUCAGUACUACUUAUUUUUAUGUUUGUAUCGAAGACUCGUGGUUCGGUGUAUUUUUCUUUUCAAGUAGUCCUUCAAACAGGCAGCAAACACACAAGUCACAACCGCCUAAUUAUUCUAUUCCUUCCAGUGGUUGUCUGAUAUAUUUGAGUUUGUCUCGAGUUAGAUCAUAUUGGAUUGGAUUGCUUUAUUAAAAAAAAAAUAAAAAAAUAUUGGAUUGGAUUUGGUUUCA